AAUUAAUUAAAUUAAACUCACUUCAUAAUGAUAAUUCCUCAAAAUGAGUCAUUUCUUCUCUCAGGCCUUUAGAACAUUGAAUAUUAGGUUUAGAAUACUGUCAUUAGUUAACUUCAUAAAUAUCGAUAAUUAAGUGUUUUUGAUUCUUUCAUAGAAAAUCCUAGUAUGAAUCAUGAUGAUAUUAACCCAAUAAUUAAAAGUAAAUAUCUUAAUUUACGCAAUAAAAUACAUUUUGAAAAUAAAGAAGAUGAACUAGAAUUUGAAGAUAUUAUUAUCAAAUGGAAUUAAAGUCACUAAUAAAAUGUGAGAUUAAAUCAAAUGGUGACGGAAUAUGCAAAUCAAUAAAUUUAGAAUAAUUAAUAUUAAACAGAUUUUCCAGUUUCAAAAAUUCAUAUCUUAGAUUACGAAGAGAACCAACCAAUAUCAUCAUUCUCAUUAUUAACUUCAAAAGACUAGAUUAUUGAUCAUCAAAUAUUGCAAGAUCUUCCAUAAGAGAAAUCAACACAAACAGAUUAUCCUAGUGAGAUGGUUGAUAAAUGUUCAUAAUCAGAUUUUAGAGAUAUUGAUGAGAAGGAUACUGAAAAUGUAGUUGAAUUUUUUAAUUCUUCCUUCUUCCAAGAGUUAAAGAACAAAUAAUUCUUGAUUGAUGCUUAAUUGAUUUCAUUGAUAUAAACUAUGUUUUUGAUGCAUAAUGAAUAAAAGAUAGAAAUAAAUGAACCAAUUAAAUAAUAAUUAGAUUUCCUGAUGAAGAGAAUCAAGAGGAAAGAUUAGAUUAGCUAUAAUACUAUUACCAUUAUAAGGGAUAGUGUGGAUAAAUGAUUUUAUUUUAUUCUUCCACACAGCAUAUAUAUAAAAUUCGCAUCUUAAA